AUGGCCACACACCAAUUCGAGAAGAAGCUUAUUUGCGUGCAACCGCAGGAUUUACCAUCACCCAACUGGAUACGAGAAACGCAGAAGGGGGCAGAUGACGAUGGACCAGUAUUGCGUUUUGAUGAAGAAAUUUUAACUUUUAAGUUUACCAUGCAUGAUUUGAUCAUUAAAAUUGGGGAUUAG